CCUCCAUACCAUAUCUCUCCAUCACUACUACUACUACUACUGCUACUAAUACUAAAUCAUCAUCAUUACUUAUCCAUCGAUCGGGGGAUCACUCCCAAUUUGCAGAAAAACCCAUUCCAAAAUGCCAUCUUCUUCCGUCACAAUAUCCUCCAAAUGCACCAUCCUUCCCGACCGCAAUUCCCCCAUAAUUAAAACCACCCUCAAGCUCUCUGUCUCCGACCUCCCCAUGCUCUCCUGCCAUUACAUCCAAAAAGGCGUCCUGCUUUCCUCCCCGCCUCUCCCCCCUGACUCCCUCAUCCCUCUCCUUAAACGCUCUCUCGCCGCCACGCUCUCUUUCUUCCCGCCCCUCGCAGGCCGCCUCUCCACCGACGCCGCCGGCCACGUCCACAUCGUCUGUAAUGACGCCGGCGUCGAAUUCGUCCACGCCAAGGCCAAACACCUCUUCGUCGCCAGCAUUCUCGCGCCCGGCGCAGACGUCCCCAGCUGCUUCAAGGAGUUCUUCGUUUUCGACAAUACUCUCAGCUACGCCGGCCACCACAUGCCUCUCGCCGGCGUGCAGGUCACCGAGCUCGCCGACGGCGUUUUCAUCGGAUGCACCGUCAACCACUCCGUCACCGACGGCACCUCCUUCUGGAACUUCUUCAACACCUUCGCCGAGGUCUGUAGGGGCGACAAGAAGAUCUCUAAAUCCCCGCACUUCUCCCGCGACACGGUUUUCAACUCGCCGGCUGUUCUGCCUCUGCCGGCGGGCGGGCCGUCGGCCACUUUCGCGGGCGACGAGCCGUUGCGCGAGAGAAUCUUCCAUUUCAGCCGAGAAUCAAUUCUGAAACUGAAACUAAAAGCGAACAGAAAGCGGGUCAAUACCGAAAUUCUCGGGAAGGAGAGUAACGACGGCUGGAGAGCCGUUAACGGAGCUAACGGGAAGGCAAACGGGGCGGUAAAUCGGACGGACGAGAUUUCGUCCUUCCAGUCGCUCUGCGGGCAGCUGUGGCGGUCAGUGACUCGAGCCAGGAAGCUGGACGGCAGCAAAACGACGACGUUCCGGAUGGCGGUGAACUGUCGACACCGGCUCGAGCCGCGGCUCGAGCCGCUGUACUUCGGGAACGCGAUCCAAAGCAUCCCGACCGUUGCUUCAAUCGGGGAGCUCCUGUCUCGGGACCUGCACUGGGGCGCGGAUCGGCUGCACCAGAACGUGGUUGCGCACGACGCCGCCACGGUGCGCCGGGGGGUGCAGGAUUGGGAAAGUAACCCCCGGUUAUUCCCGCUAGGCAACUUCGACGGUGCAUCAAUCACCAUGGGCAGCUCGCCCAGAUUCCCUAUGUACGACAAUGAUUUCGGGUGGGGACGACCUUUGGCCGUCCGGAGCGGCAAGGCCAACAAAUUCGACGGCAAGAUAUCAGCCUUUCCCGGGCGGGACGGGGGUGGGAGCGUGGACUUGGAGGUGGUCUUGGCGCCGGAGACCAUGGCGGGCCUAGAAAAUGACGUGGAGUUCAUGCAAUACGUGUCUUGAUGGGGCAUCAGUGGUGAUUGUCGAGUUGAGUUAGGGUGGGGUGGGGCCAGGGAGAAAUGGCUUGUGUACCAGUGUUGUGUUGGGUGUUGGUUGUAAUUAAUGUGGAAUUAGUCUUUUAAUUUGCAGGGAAGACCGAAGAGCUUGCAUUUACCACGUGAGUGGUUGACCUCACGUGGAAUGCGGCUUGAUGACGAUGAGUGAAUCUCAACCAUCCGUCCAUCCAUUUUAUUUUUCCUUGCCCAAUGCCCAUCUUAUAAGAUUUUUAUCAGUUGGCAAGAAUAGAAAUGUUGCAUUUAUAUA